AUUGCCCGCUACUCCAACCGCGGACCAGUAACUCGGAGUUACCCUGUGCCUUUCGCAGCGCGUCAACCUGCAGCACUUGUGAACAUCAGUCUACGAAGAGCCAUAUGGUGAAAUGAGGGGCAUUGAGGAGACAAGGCAGCGAUGGAACACCCUGUUUUGCGACAAUGACAACACCGCCAGCUUCCGGAACGCCCUCAGAUUGGAGCAGGACGACAAACUGUGCAACGAUGGACUGAGAUCGAUCUGUUGGAAGGCCUUCCUGCUUUUCGACGAUCUCGAUCGGGCACAAUGGCCGCGGAAGCUGUCCGACUCACGAAGCGCCUACGUCGCCCUCAAGGCCCAUUUCCUGAAAUACAUCGAGCACCCGGACGACUUGGAAUCGACUGUUGAUCCGCUGGCGGAUGAUGUUGAGUCUCCAUGGCAAACCCUACGCAACGACGAGCAGACAAGAGCAGAUAUAUCUCAGGAUGUGGACAGGUGCUUGCAAGAGAACUUCUUCUUCCGGGAGCCCGCCACCAAGUCUAAGAUGAUCGAUAUACUAUUCAUCUAUGCGAAACUUAACCCAGACCUCGGCUAUCGACAAGGCAUGCAUGAGGUAUUGGCACCUCUCUUGUGGGUGGUGGACAGGGAUGCGAUCGAGACACACCCUUUGAAAGAGUCCGGGGAAGCCGAGGCGAGCGAUGACGCGAUGCUUCAGCUUCUCGAUGCCAGUUACGUUGAGCAUGACUCGUUUGCGCUGUUCUGCUCCGUCAUGCAGAAUGUCCGAGUGUACUAUGAGCACAACCGGACCCGAUCGUCCAAUGGGCAGAUGGAUGUCAUUCCAAUUGUACAUCAGUGUGAGCGACUUCAUAAUGAACUCUUGGUCACAGCAGAUCUCGAAUUAGCGGAUCACUUGCAGACGCUUGAGAUAUUGCCCCAGAUUUUUCUUACUCGUUGGAUGCGUCUUCUGUUUGGGCGGGAAUUUGUUUUCCAAGAUGUGCUCCAAAUUUGGGAUCUACUCUUCGCUGAAGGGCUGCGUGCAGAGCUGAUUGACUAUGUUUGCGUUGCAAUGCUGUUGCGGAUUCGUUGGCAAUUACUGAGUGCUGAUUCGUCAAGCGCUCUGAGCAUCCUGCUUCGUUACCCUUCUCCCGAACCUCAUUCACCAGUGACUUUCGUCUACGAUGGGAUAUAUCUGGAGCAGAACCCCACACCAGAGAGAGGCCUAUUCAUCAUCUCAAAAUAUUCCGGGAGACCACCGGACCUGUCGAGAGGACUUGGACAGCCAAGUGUCAAACCCUCCAAGGGGAAGUUUCGCCUACGAAGAGCCUCCAGGGACUUAAGUGAGGUCAGCUCUCCUUCGAGGUCACCCGCAAGGAAUAGCCCGAAAAGCCUCGAAGCGCUGUUUCAGGAUGUAUCGGAGGGUAUACAGCGCCGAACAGAGGCUUGGGGAGUCGCCAAGGCCGUUCGAGGGGCAGUGAGCGAAGCGAAGCGCAAUAUGCAGUCCGUCCAGUCGGAGCAUUAUGCUCGCGGUGCACGAUACGAGAAUCAAACCCAGGGAUUGAACCCUCCCUGGGAUCGGUCUUCCGAGGAUACAACUAAGUUGAAAGCGAAAGUCGAACAAUUAGAGGGGCGGAAUAAGGAGCUCGCCAAAAUGCUAGAUCAUGCACUCAAGGACAUUCGCAUCCAUAUGAACAAGGCUGAGAAAGUGGACGAUGGUGAUAUGGACGCCUUGAAGCAGGCUCUCGACAGGGUACAAAGUAUUCAAAGCUGCCUUGAAGAUCACAGCAUGCCUUUAAGCGGCGCAGAUCAAUCCCCGAGCGAGAAUAGUCAUGCCGAUUCCGAGACACCCCCUGAAGCUUCUGGAGCUACCAGUGACAGCGCGAAAAUUGCAAACGAUGGGGCAGAACGCACCUCCACUUUUACCCACCAAACUAGCACAACUGCCGGGUCUCCCAGAUCUCCCAUUGGCAUGGGAAACAAGGGCGACCGCAGUGCCGCCACCAGCCCACAAUUUCCCACUCCCAUGCCCCUCCGACACGCACCUCGGCCCUCGUUGGCCGACUCUGAGUUUUCAUGGAUGCUCGGCGGCAAGCAGCAUCUCUCGAGCUUUGUGAGCCCGGCAUCUGUUCUUCCGGAGCAGACUCGGCACGGCGAAGGCCGCCCGCGCGUCAAACCAGCUUCCCUCUUCGGCAACGGGGACGAAGAGCACAACAAAUCCAUUCCUGAGCUUGAGUCGGACGGUCUGGCCCUACGAAGCCUUCGUGGACCCAAACCAUGAAUAACUAUGAACGCUCGACGGCGCACGCGGCAAUCUACUUCGAAGACUUUGAUAGGAUUGACAUUCAGCAUUUACUAUGUAAUAGCUUCUCGUUUCCUACUUUAGUGAAUCAACAGAAGGGAGGAUAUGGGAUGCUGGAAUAGUACAUGUUCGGAACCUUGCGUAGGCCCUACGGUUCGGACGUGUUUUGCCACGCGGGGGUAAACAAAUGAUCCAAUGAGUACGAGUUUUUGGCUAAGAAGACAAACAAACCGGCUGGACCUGGUAUUUUAUAACAGGCUUAAGUAUUUCUCGGUUCGUGUGAUUGAUGUGUAUCGGUGUUCAAUAGCCGGUAUACUGUGUAAUCGACCUCACAGUGGCUGUCCAGGUUCAACUCCUGAGGUGCCAUGCCUGUGGGAAGGGAUACAAGAAAC